AUGGCGAUCCAAGCAGCAGUGCAAGACGACGUGGAGUCCUUCUACUGGGUCCUGCUCUACGCCGUGCUCAGGAACCUCGCCGCCAAUAUGGGCGUCCCCGUGGGCCCCACCGCAAGCUCAUCCCUUCUCGGGAAACGUGUCCCAGCCGAGAACAUCUCGCACGCGCCCUGGGUGCUGCUGUGGCGGUAUAAUCGACAUCUCCGAGAUACUGACGUCGAGGAUGAGAUGCCCACGCUCGAGGCCGAUGUCAGCGGCGAGGACGGCCUGGAGGAUGGAUCCGACACCGAGGUUGUAGCUAGGGUGCUCAACCACGACAAGCUGAUGAACAAUUUGAGGGUUGCGGCUGCUGGGGGGUUGCUCACGGACGAGAUGUCCGCCGGCGGUUAG